AUGGAUUCUUUGAAGUUUAAAAAUUCUGCUGAGCUGCUUAGCGUACGCCUUGCUGUAAGGGAAGCUGUGAAUUUACUCCUCACUAAUCAGAAGGCUACGAUUGAGGCAUUGUUAACUGAAGACUCGGAACUAAGUUAUUCUAACGAUAUAACUUCUCGGUUUAUUUUGUACCAUCUCACCAAGAUAUAUAGUCAUUUGAAGGACGAAAUACAAUCCUGCUCGCAUGCGACUCCUUCUCCGUCAUCGCUGUUUAGAUUCCUUAAAGUUCGUCCUAAUGAAACGGCAGAAGAAAUUGUGCUACGUUUUGAGGAACGUUAUGGAAGGAAAAAACGCAGAUCUUCCGCAAAGAGAGUGCCAAAGUGCGAUAGUGAAUCUUCGAUAAAACCUGCUCCAGUCCCUCCUCAAGUCCCACCGUUUAAACUGCGUGACCUGAGAAGUUCAUCAAGUUCUGAUUUAUCUGAGGAGAAAUUUGAAGGCAACGGUUCAGUUGCGAAAUCUCCGCAUGCUGGGAAGAGGACUUCUUUAUGCUUUGACCGUGUUUCUUUAAAUAUCGAAAAUGAAAAGAAUAUCGAAAACCUAGGAAAUUCAUUGCCAGUGGAGCCGUUAAAUCUAAGAAGAGGCGUCCGUUCAUUUCAGAAGGAUUUUCCCGCGAGUUCAAGUACAGUUGUAGCAGAUGUUAGAACUCCCAACAAAACUAAUAUGCAGAAUGUUGGGUUUAAAGUUGUGAGAGGCAACGCCCUAAGAGCUGCAGAAAGGACUGUGGAAAAUGUAGAUUCAAACGAUUUGAGUAUAGGCCAAAUCCCUGAAUAUGUAAUCAAAAAAAGCUUGAGAAAACCUACCAUUAAAGUACUGACGGUGCACUGUAGCAGUAACCAGCUAAAAAAAGGAUCGAGUUCUCCUGAAUGUCCUCAUUCACGUCUUAUGUUGGAGAAUGCUGACAGACAGCAGGCUGGUAUGCCUCCGCAGGUUUCAGCAAGGUGGCUGAACAGUGAUCAAAAGCAAAAUACCACUGAGGACAUUUGUGAGUGA